UGUGAUAACUACUCCACUUUGUUCUCAGAUGGGAGACGAGUGGUUGGAGCGCGUGCUCUCGGACGUGUGGCGAGGGCGUGCAGUAUCGUAUCGUACGUUGCUGGAAGAUGCUGUCUCCUGGGUUCGACUCCUCUGUCUACGAUUCGCUCUGUCUGUCACAUGAUCUCCACAAACCAGCCAAUAGGAAGGUGUGCCACGGCCAAAGCUGCGGACCCCAGUGGGAGGUGUCGGAGUGGUCGGAGUGCUCAGCACGCUGUGGCUCUCGGGGCAUCCGCACUCGAGAGGUUCGUUGCUCUAUGGAGAGGAAACUGUGUAACGAGACCUCUCGGCCAAUAGAGAGCCAGGAAUGUGAAGGCCCACCUUGUGACAGACGAUGGAGCGUUUCUGAUUGGGGACCUUGCUCAGGUGAGUGCGGGGAGGGCAGGAUGGUGCGUUCUGUGACCUGCCGUUCGUCAGGCGGACUUGUGAUGUCAGACAGGCAGUGCGACCAGCCGUUACGCCCGUUGGCCAUCUAUCCCUGCGGUGACAGAGACUGUGCUCCACACUGGGUUGAGCAGGAGUGGCAACAGUGUAACGCUACCUGUGGCCGCGGCGUGCGACAGCGUCAGGUGGUGUGUACUGGCCUGGAAGGAGGAGUGUUCAAAGAGUUUCCAGACAGCAGCUGUAACCAAACCAACAAACCGCAGAUGAGCUCAUCCUGCUUCCAGAGACCCUGCUCCAAGUGGUUCACCACAUCCUGGUCUCAGUGCAGCAAGACCUGUGGGCGUGGCGUACAGGUUCGAGAGGUCAAGUGUUACCAAGGGGAGGAGCUGGUAACGAGGGGUCACAGCUGCGACUCUGCCCUCAAGCCAGAAACCAAGCAGAGCUGUGAAAUCCAGAGCUGUCCGACAGAAGCACCAGCAUCACAAGGAGCAGACUUCUGCCAGGACAAAGCAACAGCCAACUGCGCCCUGGUUCUCAAGGUGAAGCUGUGUUCCCACUGGUACUACAGGAAAGCCUGCUGCCAGUCCUGUAAGGCACCCAGACCCUGAAGCCUUCGCUGUAACCUCUCACCUCAGCAUCAGUAUACCAGUACGAGGUCUUCUCCCAGCAUCCUUUCUGAACUAUAUCACUGACUGUGGUACUAGUUUAGUCACAACCUCCAACUCAGACAAUGUGAAGAUAGACUAGCUUUAGGGGGCAGAGCUGGGUGAUGAGGAGGAAACAGUUCUUUCUGUGUUCAUCGCUCCAGAUAACAAAUGUGUCAUUUCUACGGUGCUAAAGAAGCUGUAUGUAAACACGUCAGAGCCUAAAGCGACGGUCGUCACUGUGGCAGCAGACUGAGACAGGCGGGGAAACUCGGCCCUGUCCUUAAUGUACACAAACGGGGAGUUUGGGCAGGUUGUCCUCCUGCUGCCAGCAUGGAACGCAGCUCCUCGUCCUCCCCGCACAGCACGGCUACCGUAAUGUCACCUGUCGUAUCCAUACCGCCGCUUACGUCUUCAAAUCGAACUGCAUUUGAACAAUAUUUUCAGCCCUUCAAAUGGAAACACAGCUGAUAUUCAAAGUGAACCUGGACACAGCACAGAAAAAAAACAGCUCAUUGUGUUUCCAUUUAAAUGAAAGAAUCCAAAGUAUUAACUGAGUUUAUCUAUACAGCAUCAAAUCAUAAAGUCGCCUCACAGUGCUUCACGUUGUAUCUAACAUUGUAACGUGCCUUUUAAUGGGAUUAAUGUGCCUUUGGAACUAUUGUCAAGCGACAUCUAACUGAAAACUGCGUUUUCACUGCAGCAUCUCUAAAGAUUGUUUCCUAGCUGGUAGUAAUGAGUGUCCGUUGCACAAAAUGAUUCUUUAGCUUGCAGCCGGGGUCAUCCUCUGUAAAUAAGAUGGCUCUGGGAAAGCUGGUACAAGUUUACUGGUAAGGAGUCAAGAAACAAUUGUGACUUCUGUGGGCUUUUCAACCUGCAGCAGCUGAAGGACAACACGCCAGCCGUGCAAACAGAGCAGCAGGAACACGCUGCUGCCAGUGAAAACUGCCCGGGCCAAACUCUCGUCUGCGUAGUACACUGUUUGUUUACCUGAUGUUACACUGCCUCAGAGCUGCUGCUGCUCUGACUGUUUGUACUGUAUCCCACUGAAAGAAUUAAAGGUGAGUGUUUGUGUGUUGACCCACUGCUUCUUUGUAGUCGGACUGACCCUUGCAUUUAGCGAUGCUGUUGGAUAUCAAGGUGUAGUUGUGAAAUAGAAGGAACGAGCUUAAACUUUAGUGGUGUGCAGCUUAAAGGUGGUAAUUCAAGCUAGGUUGAAUGUGUGUGUGAAUAAAAGAAACACAGACGUGAAGACGUGAUCUGACCCUCUGUGUGGAUGUGUGUCACAGUUAAUCGUUAGAUCAGUUUCACCCUUCAUGACCUUCACAAUUAACAUCAACGUUAGAAAAGGUGAAAUCUCAGGGCCCAGCCUCCUCUGCUCCACUGCUGCAGCCGAGCCCCCCACAGAGCCCUUUUUGUGCAUUAACAUUAUCCAUGAUUGUGGUUGGAAAGGUAGAUAGUUAACAGAUAUCCUCACAAAAUAAAAGACAAACAGUCAUAACAUUGGAUUUUCAUAGAUGAGACAUCAGAUACAAAUAUUCAAUUAAGUUUUAUUUAUACAGUGCAAAACCACAACAGUCGCCCCAAGGCGGUUUAUGUAAGUUAAAGACCCUAAUAGGGAGGAAAACCCAACAAUCAUAUGACCCCCUGUGAGCAGCACUUUCAUGACAGUGGGAAGGAAAAACUCCCUUUUAACAGGAAGAAACCUUCAGCAGAACCAGGCUCAGGGUUCUCUUUACUAAUCUACAAACAUGACACAUUAUGUGAAAUCCAUAAGGAAUCUUGUGGACUGGAUUUUACUGCCAUGGUUUGGGUCUAGUGAUCCUUUAUCCUGUAGUAAAACAUUUCUACCCUGAUGGCAGUGACGUCCUAUAGGUCAACCUUGACUAAGGGACUUUGAGUGGUUGUAGCGCUUGUUAGAUUAUAAUAUUAUUU